CCGCCCGAGCCCCGCGCACUCGAGCGCCGCCGCCGCGGGAGUCGCUGCCGCGCCCGGGAGCCGGGACGCCUCCGCUCGCUCGCAGUCUCGCGCCAGCGCCCGCCAGGGCCGCCACCGGCUGGAGACCCGCAGCAGCGCGCGGCCGCCGAGCCCGCCAGGGCCGGGCACGGCGCCUUUUGUCCCGGGAGGUCCCUGGAAGUUUGCGGCGGGGCGCGCGCGAGCGGCGGCCGGGCUGGCCCCGACGUGGUGGGAGCCGGGCCGCCGCCGAGUCGGCAUGGGCAGCGGGCGCGGCGCCGGGGGCCGCUGCUGGGCCGCCCCGGGCGUGCUGCUGGCGCUGGCCGCCGGGCUGCUGGCCGCGGGCUCGGCCAGCGAGUACGACUACGUGAGCUUCCAGUCGGACAUCGGCGCGUACCAGGGCGCCCGCUACUACGCUAAGCCUCCGCAGUGCGUGGACAUCCCGGCGGACCUGAGGCUGUGCCACAACGUGGGCUACGACAAGAUGGUGCUGCCCAACCUGCUGGAGCACGAGACCAUGGCCGAGGUGAAGCAGCAGGCCAGCAGCUGGGUGCCCCUGCUCAACAAGAACUGCCACAUGGGCACGCAGGUCUUCCUGUGCGCGCUGUUCGCGCCCGUCUGCCUGGACCGGCCCAUCUACCCGUGCCGCUGGCUCUGCGAGGCCGUGCGCGACUCGUGCGAGCCCGUCAUGCAGUUUUUCGGCUUCUACUGGCCCGAGAUGCUCAAGUGCGACAAGUUCCCCGAAGGGGACGUCUGCAUCGCCAUGACCCCGCCCAACACCACCGAAGCCGCCAAGCCCCAAGGCACAACGGUCUGCCCUCCUUGUGACAACGAGUUGAAAUCUGAGGCCAUAAUUGAACAUCUCUGUGCCAGCGAGUUUGCCCUGAGGAUGAAAAUAAAAGAAGUGAAGAAAGAAAAUGGUGACAAAAAGAUUGUCCCUAAGAAGAAGAAGCCCCUGAAGCUGGGACCCAUCAAGAAGAAGGAGCUGAAGAGGCUGGUUCUAUACCUGAAGAACGGGGCCGACUGCCCAUGUCACCAGCUGGACAACCUCAGCCCCUACUUCCUCAUCAUGGGCCGCAAGGUGAAGAGCCAGUACCUGCUGACCGCCAUCCACAAGUGGGACAAGAAGAACAGGGAGUUCAAAAGCUUCAUGAGGAGAAUGAAAAACCAUGAGUGCCCCACUUUCCAGUCUGUCUUUAAAUGAUGGUCCCCGGGUGGGUUGGGAGGGUGUGGUGGGGUGGGGUGAGGGGUGGGGGAGAGCGAUGAUGCUGGACCCCAGCGGGUCACACACAUACACACACGUGCACACACACACAUACACACACACACCCGCUCCUGGUGGCAGUGGACAUUGUAGUCUGGGUGGCCUUGUUCUUGCAACAUUCUCACUCCCUUCCCUCCAGGGCCACAUGCAGGCCCCAGGGUAGCCGGGUCUGGGUGAGGCAGAGGCCCUUUAGAUUAGGAAGGCUUUUAAGAUCUGCAGUGUGGGCAGCAGUCACUGUGGAGAUGUGUCACUAAAAUAACAGUGUUUGCCAUCACGCACACACACAAUUGGGCCGAAAAUGAGAGAUAGUAGCAAAAACUAAGUUUUGCAACUUGUGGGUAUAUAUCAGUUGGCUGAUCUAUGCCUUUGCAACUGGAACAUUCUAACUAUCAGUAAGUCACAUUGCUUUCAGCUCUAGAGCAAUUUCUUUUUCUGUCCAAUUUAGACAGAUACAGACUGCACUUAAUGCUUUAAGAUCAAUUCCCCAAAGUGAUAGGUGCAGGAGGAAAAGAGGCAGCCCUGAGCCUCACGGGGCUGGAAGAGGGGUCACUGCAGCUCUGCCCUGGGCCUUUCCACCUGGUUGUCUGUGGAUGUGAAUUGGCCAGUCUCAGAUGCUGCGGAAGUGGUGAGGCCCAUCGGUCAGCCAGGGCAUGCUUGUGCCCCCAGACAUGUGGAGGGGCAGCAUGCACCUGCCUUUAUGUGAGAAAAAGGAAAAUACAGUGGGCAUAAUAAGCAAGACAGUUUUCAGACUGAAACACCAAUGGUUGGUGUUUUUUUAAAAAAAAAAAAAAAAAAACAAAGAAGAAAAAAAAAUAGCCACUUUAGGUCCAGGAAAUUGCUAGUCACGGGGAAUUGUGAAAUUGGGUGACAAGAUUACUAUCCUCAUUUCAUUGUUCAUUCAUUUCACAUUUUUUAAAGAACAUCAACAACAAAAACCAAACCACUUUUCAAGGACUUCUUUGUAAGAAAACAUCUACAUGGAGUAAUUUGAUAGGUUAGGCUGAGACAGGUCUCUCAGUCUAUUGCAGGCUGCCUUCUAGAAGCAGUGGGGGGAGGGGAGGGAUUCACCCACCACCAUAGCCAAGGGGUCCUCCUGCCCCAGGAGUCCUCGGUACCCUGGAACCCACACAAUACUAACAAAACUCACAUGAGAAGAAAUAGGUUCCUUUAAAUGUGAUUUCCUGACCAUCAAAGAAAUUUGGAACAGCCUUCCUGCCUGUCCCCAGCACUUUUUACCUAAAUUUUUUUUUUUUAUUUCUGCAGAGGGGAAAGUCGUUUCCAUCUAAGGAGAGGGUUUCAGAAGCAAAAUAUCUCUGCUGUUUUCCCCAAGUGCCCUAAGACAUUUCUCAAAGCCCUUGUGUUUGAUAAGGGAUGUACUUAAAGCAGUUUACUUAGAUAACUUUGCUUUUCUCAUCCAAUGUACAGGACGUAGUUCUUAAAAAUUGAUUUCGUCCUCCAAGCCUGAGUCUUAAUUCUCUGUAGCACCUCUGGGACCUCACUGAUUGUCUAGAUGAGUGUUUAUGCCCAAUCCCGACUCUGCAGUGGGGCUGGCAGUGUCCCUUGCCCUGGCCCUAGCUGGACACAGAAACAGAAGAUUCUAUUAACUUUUGAAAACUCCAGUUUUGAAAAAUCAGCAUGCCAACCUAGUCACCGGAGAGUUAUCCCGAUAGAAUCGACCUUUGGCAAUUUGUGAUCCUAACAUUUUAACACUUUUUAUUUGGUGGGGGCGGUUUCUUUCUGACCUUUAAUCAUAAAGUGUUGGGGGAUCUGAGUAAUUUGCCUGUAGUUUUGGAUGAUUCAGAAGUGUGUAUAUAUUAGUUAAUUAGAAACAUUCUACUUCCCUGUUGUCAAACUGAAUUUCAGAGUAAUUUCAUGAGAGUGUGGGUCUGGGUCUUGGUGGAUGAACCCCUUAGUUGGGCGCCCACAUGGGUCUGCUCAUUUUGACAGCACCUCACGGAACAGGGCCUUCUCUCCAAGGCAGGGGCCUUGGCAGAGGGGUUUGGGACAUUAGGAGUUAGUUCAGAGUGUGGAAGAGGAGGUGGCCGGACAGUGCACCCCUCAACACGGGGAUUCUCAGGUAGGAGGCAGCCCUUCUAAUGAGAGUUGCAAAUGAUGGGGAUUGAGCGGCAGUUGUCAGUUUUGGUACAGACUCUUAAGUCCCUGGACGUGGAGCUUCACUGUCCACUUUAAUGAAGAUGUUAGAUGUGCACCACUUUGUGUGUGUCACCUUUCGGGCCCCAGAGAGAGGCUACCUGUGGGCCCAGAGCUGCAUUAACCCCAACUUUUGUUUUUCUCCACUAAAGGAUCUAUCAGCACUCAUGUACAUACUUAUCGCAUCGGUCAUUGGUUUCCAAAAGACAAACCCUGCAUGUGAUUUGAUAAUUACUGCUAGUCCAAAGGUCAGAUGCAUAAAGCUUUAAAAUUCACUCUGGAUAGAGAUCUGUGAGUCCAUGGGCAGAACUCGGCUAAAUCUUUGAGGAACAUUCAUAGUUAGAAGACAGAAUGGUAAGUGAGAAUUCCAAGAACAUUUUAUUUUUUAAAUAGCCUGUGUAACCCUUGGCUCUUGCUGCCUCUGGGUUAGCACCAAGUUCUGAAGGCAGAAUCCAGUUAGAGCUCCAAUUUUAACAUGUAUCUGAAAAUUACAGUAGUCCCACUCCCCCAUUUUUCUCAUCAGACUCCAAAUAACCAGUUGCUCUGUUGCAACCACAUAGAUGCACGAGGCUCAGGUGAUCUGUUUCAGGAUUGUACCGUAGGCAACUUCCACGGGGUUAUGCACUGGCCUGUGGCACCUGCCACCAGCAGUUAUAUAGGACCCAGACGCAAUUCCUGUCUUCCCUAGUUCCUUCGUGUAGUAUAUCUUUUUUCAAGUCCAAAUCUUUUACAAAAGCUUGGAAUACUGUGAAAAUGUUUUACAUUCCAUUUCAUUUGUGUGUGUGUAUUUUUUUAAUGCAUUUUACCAGAUGUUUUGAUGUGAUAACUUCCGUCGAUGAUAAUUCCCGUACUUGUUCAUUUUAUCUCCAUGCUUUUCCUGCCAUGUAUCAAUAUUCACUUGACUAAAAUCACUCAAUUAAUCAA